AGUCCCAGCCUGGUAAUAUGGCCGCAGCAGGCAAAAAAACAAAGAAGUCAAAAUGGAUAAAGGCGAACAUCACAGAUAUAAUUGCAGAACCGACUACAAUUCCCACGACAAACAGCUGGGCAGAGACCGGAGAUGAUGGAGAGCAGGAGAGCUAUGGGUACGCAGCGAGGCAGCGUGCGCCGGUGGUGUUGCCAUCGGCAUCGCGCGCCGCCCGCGGCGGGCUCGCAGUCGACGACGAAUCCAUACCCAAGAAACCUCCGUACAUCGCUCACAUUUCCAACUUGCCUUACGAUGUAGAUGAAAGCGCCAUAGCUGAGUUAUUUGCUGGACUCAAGAUUAUCAGCUUGAGACUGCCAAGGGAAAGCGACCGUCUCAAAGGUUAUGGCUAUGUAGACUUUGAAGAUAGAGAAAGCCUUAUAAAUGCUAUGAACAUGCCAGAUCUGACAAUAAGUGGCCGACGAAUAAGAAUUUGCGUAUCGACACAAGAGACUGAUCGUCGCAUGGGCCGCAGUGGACGAUCUGACAGAGACAGGGAAUAUGACCCGGAGCGUACGAUGGGAGACUGGCGGUCUGGACCGAGAGUACAACCUGAGAAUACAAGUCGCCCGCGCCCGAUGGAGAGAGAAAACAUGAGGGAGCGGGAUAGAGAAAGGGAGAGAGAUUCGAGUGCUGAUAAUCGUCCUGGAGGGUGGCGUGACGGGGACCGUCCUGCAGCAGAACCGGCACGGACGCCUUACGGCGGCCGAGAUUCCUUCGGACGCGAUCGCUUCGGAGAAGACCGUGGUAGAGAACGCAGCGGCUUCGGUGGUCGCGACGGAUUCCGUGCGGCAGAUCGUGAGGGAGGAGGCUUUGGUAAUCGUGAGGGCAGAGGUUUCGGCGGUAGAAACUUCGGUGACCGUGACCGUGAUCCUCCAAAAGAAGAUGCGAAGCCGCGCGAACGUCCCAAGUUGAAUCUGUUGCCUCGCACUGUGCCUCGCGAGACGGAGGUGCCCACCAAGCCCGCGGACGGCGCGCCGCUAGACCUAGCGCAGACCGCUUCGAUACCCGCACCGCCCGCGCCCAAACCAGUGCCCGCUGAGAAAGUGUUUGGUGCUGCCAAACCUGUCGACACUGCAGCCAAGGAACGUGAAAUAGAGGAGCGUCUUCUAAAACAGGAGGAAGAAUCUAGACGUGCUGCUGAAGAGAAGGAACGUUGGGGUCGUAGGAACGAUCAUUCCGGUGACCGUCGUGGCGGCGCGAGACGUGACGAUCGCGGUAGAGACUCGCGCAGCUACAACAGAGAUCGGCGCGAUUAUUCCAAGGACGACAAGGACAGGCGCGACGAUCGCCGCGAUUACUCUAAAGACGACAGAGACCGUCGCGAUUAUUCUAAAGACGAUAGAGACCGGCGCGAUUAUUCUAAAGAUGACAGAGAAAGACGCAGCGAGAGAGACAGGCGCGAUUACAAAGACGACAGGGAUAUGCGGGACAGCAGAGACGAGCGGGACAGACGUGAUAACAGGGACGAAGGCGACUACGACGACAGGGAGAGACGCGAGUACUCUGGGGACAGGCGGGACUCUAGAGACAGACGGGACUCUAGGGAUAAGGACAUGAGGCGGAACGGCUCCGCGGAUAGAGAUGACGAGCCCGCAAAUAAAACGCGCGACGAACGAAACGGCCGCCCGAGACAGAGCCGCUCGCGAGAUAGACACGACCAGCCAGAAGAGAAGCCUAUGCCCAAGUUGAAGGAACAAGAGAAACCGAUCUUUGUAGCAUCAAACAAAUUCAGCUACCUAGAAGCCGCCGACGACGACGGUUCCGAUUAACGUGGUCACUGCGUGCCGUAAACUUUGCAGUUUUUACUUGAGACUUUGUGUAAAGUGUAAAUUGAGGAGUAUCAAGUGUCACGUGCGGGACUCGUGGAGCACUCGGAACAGUUUUAAUUGUGCUAUGAUAUAGGGACUCGAUUAGAGUUAGUGCGGUGAGGAUAAACGUGUAUAUUAGGGGUCGUAUGCUCACACUGCUUCGAGGCCGGCCCCAGUCUUUACUGUCGCUGAUAUGAACAACUGAAAUUCCAUGAAACCUCUAAAACUGAAAUUAGCUAUAUAAAAAAAAUUGUAUUCUUUUUAUUCUUAUUUUGAUUAUAUUUGAUAAAUGUUCUCAUUGUUAAAUUAAAAAAUUUCGCUAACUUAUAGUUGACAGUGAAGGCUGGGGCUCAAAUUUGUGACCAUAAAGUACUGAUUGGUGUAAAUUUUUCUAUGGGUUUGUAAUAGUGUUUGUGUGUACGGUUGCAAAAUAAAUAUUGGCCGAGAGCAAUAAAUGCAAAUAUAGUUCUUUGUAAUUCCAUUUCAUAAUGAUUAUUGGUACAGGUGCUGCUCUCCAUUAUAUUUUUUGUGAAUAUUUCUUAAUUCUAUUAUACUUUACCACCAUAGGGAAUCUUAAUGUCUUUAUUUUAUAUCUUGUGUUAAAUAUUAGUCAAUUUAGAUUAUUGUUAGAAUGUUAAUUGUAUUAUUUAUCUUUACAUUCAAAAUUGUUAUAAUUGUCUACGAUAUUAAGGCACUUUAGCUUGCAAGUAUGCAUCUACAACAUGUAUGAAUGAAUGCCUUAAUUGUAAUCAAAUAAUUAAUUGAUGGAAAUCCUAAAGUCACCUGCAGAAACAGGAGUGAGUCACAAGAAUAGGUACCUAUAUUAUUGUGGAAACUGUUUAUAUGACUGGUAUAAUUUUUAUCAAGAUUCUUUUGUUUGGUACACCUUGUUCUAAUUUUAAUUAUAAAUAAAUUACUCUUUUUACAACCAUG